ACAACGAGCAAAAUGGCAGACGGGGGGUAUCGUGGGAUCUCGCUCGAGCAAGACUCGGUCCGCUUCUCAAACAAGGACAAGGUCCUUCUCAAGAAGCUCGAGCACACGUUCCCGCGAAUCUACAGCACCACAGAACUACUUGGAUUCGAGGAUGAUGUCGUCACGGAAUAUGCGAUGAGCCUUCUUGAAGAUCCGAAUAACCAGAACCCCGACCCACGCAAGCUGCAGAUCUCGCUAACUGGCUUCCUUGAAGCAAAAGCGCCACAGUUCAUGACCGACCUCUGGACGCUGCUAAUCUCAGCGCAGACCUCCGUCGGAGGCAUACCAAAAGAAUUCGUCGAGGCGAAGAAGAAGGAGCUACAAAAUCAGCGCGAGAAGGACGAGAGGCUGAUGCGAGAGGUAGCACAGAGAGGCGGAGGACCUGUCGCCGGUGGUAGCGGAGGGUAUGACAGAAAUCGUGGUGGAGGGAGGGGACCGCCGCUGCGAGUAGAUAAGGGUCGUAACGGCAGUGGAGGCAGGGGAGAUGAUGUUGGACACGGGCGAAACACUUUCCGCGACAAAAACGGGAACGUUACGGAGCGUAGCCGGGAUUCUGGUUGGGACGCCCGCGUACGCCCUCAAUCGCCACCUUACGACGACUACGAUCGAAGUCAGCGUCAGCCACCCGGAGGCGGAAGCUACUUUGACGAGCAAUCAGCAGGGCGUAACGAUUAUCGUCGUGAAUAUGGCCGAGACGACUACAGAGGCAGGGGUGGACACGGAUACAAUGCCUACCGCUGCAGAGACCCUCGCGACCGUUCACCUUACUCUCCACCGCCGCCUUCGCACUAUCGUCAAGAGCGUUCCUACUCUCGUUCGCCGGUGCCACCACCUUGGAAAAGGCCGCGGGAUAGCAGGGAUGUGACACCGCCGCAUCGCAUCCAAAGCGCUCCUCGCGGCAGGUCGCCUUCGCGUAGCCUUACACCGCCUAUUGCGCGCCGCCGGCAGCGCUCCUCUUCCGCGAGCAGUUAUUGCCGCUCAAGCAGUCGCGGCUACUCGCCGCCGCCACGGUCACCACCUCGCCGCGCGCAAGAUAGGGACAAUACUCCGCCGCUGGCACGUGCAGGUGCAGAAGCAGCGCGGCGCACAUGGUCGCGUUCGGUCACGCCAGUCAUGAAAAGGCGCGCCGCCCAGCACGACUGUGGCGCACCAGCGGCCGGUUCCAGACUCGAGGUGUCCGACAAGCCAAAGGACGUCGCGAAAGUCGGAGAUGAGGAAAUGCGCCAGCGCGAAGGAGGUCUCAAGGGCCGAUUGUCCAAGAGCAGAUAUUCCGGCUAAGGCCGUGAUCCUUCUCUCAAAAUCCACUUCCUAAGACAUAAUGUUGUCUGGAUGGCGAGACACAUGUAUGCUACAAUUCAGUGAGAUUGGGAUGCCUGCAGAAC